CAUUUUGUUUUAAUUUCGUUAGCAGCAGCCAAAAAAAAACAAACUGGCUAAUUCGUCGGGUGGCGGGGCCAAGGGGUCGUCGGGAUUCAUGACGACCCAGGAGCGCUAUGACUACAUGGGCUUCCAACUGCAGAAUUUGAUCAGAAAGCUGAUCGACCCAAAGAUUUCGAAUCGGGAACUGUUGCGGCACGAGCAGAUGGCAUGGAAUAUGCUGCGGAACAGCCGAUCUUUGAGCAUCAACAGCCAUGAGGUCAGUCGACGGCUGGCGGCUCUGGUGGAGCGUUUUCAGGUGGAGAAUAUGACCACAUUUGGAGAGACCAUCAAGGAUCUGAGCGCCAAAAUCCUGUCCAAUCCAAGCAAAGAUAUCUCAGAGUCGGAUCAGGAUGUGCUCUGGUCGCUGCUCGAAAUGGUCCUGGAAAUGACAUACGAACCAGUGCAGAACAUUCGUCGGAAUCGCAGUGGCAUGGAGCACCGCCGCCUGCAUCAUCUUGAGUCUGUGGAAGACGCCGACCAAUUAGCCAUUGAGGAGUGCUCACCGCGAACAAAUCCAGCCGAGGCGGAGGUCGACUGGGUGGCUUUGCUAAGCGAGGAUUUACUUCCACCGCCGUCCCCCUGCGGUAGUUCUUCGGAUAGCUUAAGUGAUUGGACAGACUCGGAUGACUCCAGCGACUCGAGCAGUAGCAACCCAGAACUGGCAGUGAACACCUCCUUGGAAUUGCUGGACAUGAACAAUGUCUACGAGCGGGCCAUGGAGGAGACAGAAAGAGCGAUCCAAACCAGCGAGUCGAACACCUUCCUGCCUACCGCGCCUCGUUCCAGUCGCAGCAACUUCCGCAUCACCCAGCCCCAGGCGCUGAUUCUGAAUAAUAUUCAUCGGGAUCGCCUCAGAAGGUGCAAGCUGCCGCCCCUGCCGUCCCUGAUUCCGCCCAAGCUGGCGACCCUAUAA